AGUCAGUGGACACAAUAAAAAUGGACGCGUCGGGAGAUUUUUUUCUUCACGAUGACAUCGACCUCCCGCUCUGCUUUCAACAGGAGGCAGUCCGUCUGUGUGAAGGCUCUGGAUGGGAAAGGCUCCAUGUUCGGGGCAGUUGUGCUGGUGUUUGGCUGCCUGCUGCAGAGGAAACUAGUGACCACAGAGGGGCAUCGUGGGACCAACCGCCAUGUCUUCUAUGCAGUUCAAAUGGACGGAGACAUCAGAGCUGCCAGAGCUCUGGCCGAGCAGCACGGACUGGAGUUCAUACAACAGGUUGGCAGCCUGGAGGGUCUGUACACCCUGAGAGACAGCAGGGGGCGCCCUGACAGAGCCACCUUUGAGAACAGACUUGCGACCGCAUCAGGGGUUCACUGGGUGCAGAGGCAGCACAGUCAUUAUAGAGACAAACGGGUUCCUGUGACAGGACUGGACCACAGUACCACUCGAAGUUCCCAGAGGAGAGACUCUGCAACUGACAGGCAGCCUGAGGAGAAUAAGAGUGACCAGUCCCUCACCUUCAAUGACCCACUCUGGCCCAUGCAGUGGGAACUGUUUGCACAGGGUGAGUACAACUCCAGUGGGUUUGACUUGAAUGUGAUGCCGGUUUGGAGCAACAACAUCACCGGUAAUGGAGUAGUGGUCAGCAUCAUUGAUGAUGGUGUAGAUCAUGCAAACAAGGACCUGAAGAAAAACUUUGAGGCCCUCGCGAGUUUUGACCUGUGUGCUUCACACGGUCUGUCUCAUGAUCCCAUGCCUGUCAGAGAUGAGGAAAACAGUCACGGUACCCGAUGUGCAGGGGAAGUUGCCAUGGAGGCCAACAACUCCUACUGCGGUGUGGGCAUCGCCUUCAAUGCCAGGAUCGGAGGUAUCCGCUUGUUGAACGGCUCUGUCACUGAUGCCAUGGAGGCCACAGCUCUAACCUUCAACAUCCACUUCAUCGACAUCUAUGUCUGCAGCUGGGGCCCGAAGGACGACGGGGCCGAGAUGGAUGGGCCGCAAAGCCUGACAGAGAAAGCCCUUCGGCUAGGAACUCAAAAGGGCCGAGGUGGGAAGGGCAGCAUCUUUGUGUGGGCGGCAGGUAAUGGUGGAAUGCAGCGUGACCACUGCGGUGCAGACGGUUAUGUUAACUCCAUCUACAACAUUGCCAUCGGCGCUGUCUCUCAAACAGGGAAGCCCGCCUACUUCGGCGAGCCAUGCCCCGGUGUGAUGGCCGUCACUCUGACAGGGGCCGGCGUGGGAGGCGCACUACCUCUGGUCACUGUGACCAACACUGGUGAUGGCUGUGUCACACACUUUGCAGGAACAUCCAGUGCUGCUCCGAUUGCUGCAGGGAUUCUGGCUCUUGUCUUAGAAGUAAAUCCUGAGCUGACGUGGAGGGAUCUUCAGCAUCUGAUCGCCAAAACAGCAAAGAUCCCUGACCCCAAAGAGCCUGGGUGGAACAUCAAUGCAGCAGGAUACCAUGUUCACCAUAGGUAUGGCUUUGGAUUGCUGGAUGCAGGGUUGAUGGUGCAGCAGGCCGCACACUUCAACACUGUUCCUCCACAGAGGAAGUGCACGCAAGAAGUCACACUCCAUCCUACCAGGAUCUUUUGUCCAGGAGGCAUGGUCAGUGUGAAUAUCCAAUCAGAGGCCUGCCGUGGUAGGACUAAUGAGAUCAACACUCUGGAGCACGUUCAGGUGAGGGUGAGUAUCAGCACCAUGUGUCGCGGUGACCUCUCCAUAAGCUUGCAGUCUCCAGCCGGCACUGUAUCACUGCUGUUGGACACACGGCCCAAUGACGCCUCCACUGCUGGCUUGAAAAACUGGACCUUGAUGACGGUGCACUGCUGGGGGGAGCAACCACGAGGCCUCUGGACCCUCCAGGUGACUGACCACAAAGGCACAGUGAUGAGCUGUACAAGGCCAAAUGACGAGGAGGCAUCCAGAGCCUUGCUCAGUGUUACGCUCAUCCUCUACGGCACCUACCACCCACACAGGACCACGCACGAUGUAGCAACAUACAGUACCUGGCCAAACGGAUGUGGAUACCUGAACAAAGUAUGUGUAAGUAUGCACAGUUUGUCACCUGAACAUUACACCCAAUUGGAAUAGCUCAACAUGAAAUUUCAAAACCAUGGGAUCUUCUGGGAAGAUUUUCCACCAAAUUUUCAAACCUGGGUACGUGGAUUUGCUCCCAUUCAGCCACAAGAGCAUUAGUGAGGACCAACACUGAUGUGAUGGCUUGCAGGUGUAAUGGGUUUCUAAUUCACCACAAACAUGUUGGAUUGGGUUGAGGUCAGGGCUCUGUGCAGGUCAGUCAAGUUCUUCCACACCAAACUGGGAAAACCAUUUCUAUAUGGACCUGGACUGACUACAAAGUUGGAGGGACACUGGCCUGCAGUAUACCCCCGCAGCCCCUGUGAGGCGGGGAGGCCCCGUAGUCCAAACGGGCCCCACCCUCAGCUGCAUUCAUAAAGCACCACACCAUAUUCAAGUGUGCCUGAUGUAGCCACGGCUAUUAAAUCUAUUUCAUACUUUAUCUGUGACUGUCGCAUGCGCCUUUCUCAAAACUGAAACUAAUGAAAACAUAUCUGAGAGAGAGCUUCCCCUCGGGGAUCAAUAAAGUAUUUCUGAUUCUGAUUCUGAAGCACCAUGGCACAGGAGAGACUGCCGGGGCUGUCCACCCUGAGUAUUGAAAAUAAACGCGUUGCAGUCUGGAUUUAAAGAGGUGGUAUGGGAUUUUGCUCAUUGAUAUGCCAAAAGAUGUGCGCAUGUACCUGCAAGCCUGUAAGAAAACCGAUACUGUAGUCCUGUUGCUAAGAUGAACAUGUAUUCACAAUUGAUGUAGCCUAAUCAUUGUUGCUCUGUUUGAGAAACUGAUUUAAAAUUAAAAUAAUUUUGCCAUAAAUGAAAAGCUUGUUCUUUCUAUCUUCACAGUACAGUUGUCUAACAAUCUGAGUUGAGUUGGGCUUUUAACAUUAGUUUUGAUAAAGAAAUCCUGCACUGUGCAACAAUGAGUAAUGAGGAGGAGUAAAAUACGGAGAACCCUGAACAGCUCCCGCAAUUAUGGCCAUCGCAGCAGUUGUGACACUUUAUAGUUUGUAAUGAUAAAAAGCUCCAACAGUUUAAAAUUUACUCAAUACAAUUAACUCCAUAAUCUGUGUCCAGCGUCUCACAUGUUUGCGUUACGGUGCUGGAGGGACACUAUUGUUUAAAAUAUCAUUGUUGCUGUUACAUAAAGAUGUUUCUUAAUUGAAAGUAAGGGUGCCAAGUACAAACCGUGAAAACCAGCCACAGACCAAAAGCACUGAAGUAGUUGGUGCAAAAGUGUGUCCACAUAUCUUUCAGGCCAUAUUGUGCACAACGUUAAGAUUACUUAUCAUUUAGCUUUAGAACUGCUACAAGUUGUGAUGCUAAUGGCCUGUUAACAUGAACACAGUGUAUGUUAAAAUUUUAGUGUGGAGCCUGUGAAUGUCAGAAUUUUCCCCUGGGUAUCACAGGUAUCAAAUCACAGUCCCUGUCCAGACAGUUUAAAUAUCACUAAAGAAUCUCUGGUUGUUACUGGGGUGAUUUAAUGAUUUCUGUUCUAGUUUACAGUCAACUUUGUGAUAAUUAUAGACCACACACACAUCCAAGUGGGAGUAGAAAUUACUAAGUAAAUAUUGUAUACUGAUUUUCUGUGACCCCCUGUGUCCAUUGUUUAAGCCUCCGCAUCACUGUAGUUCAUUGGAGUAAAAAAGGAAUACAGUUGCUAGUUUAUUAGCUACACCCAGCUAAAACUAAUGCAGUCUACAACAGCCCCACAAUGAUUCAUACCUUCAUGAAGGUCAUAAUGUUCUGUUUUUGUUGAAACUGUUUUAGAGAGACAUUUGUCCUACUCUUUUAUGUUAAUGAGGGUAGACAGUAUUAGAAACACUUCUCAGUGGAAUGCAUUACAGUUUAACAGCAGCACAAACUGCAGUCUCCACCGUUUCCUGUUCUAUAAUGGCAACUUCUUGAUGAUUUUGGUGUCUAUGAUCUCAUUACUUAUCGCAAAUGUGAAGAAUUUCCCCAAACCCUGAUGCAUUCUUUUAAUUUGCAUCACAGUUGACCUACUACAGAUAUAAUUUUCAGUUUUCACACAGUUUUAGACAUUUAUAACACUUACAUAAAUGUACUCAUGCGUUCCCUAAUGUAUAGCCAACUGCAUUUACAGGACCGAAACUGUGAUGAUGUAAUUUAUACUGUGGCAUUUGCAAACCUCCCUCUCUCUUUUGUGCCAGUUAGCCAGCAGAUACCACAUGGUGAGCUUUACACAUAGUGUGUAGGAUGAAGCUACAACGCAUCCUGGAUGUCUUUUGUGAUCCAGCCUCGUCCGUGUGUGUUUGUGCGUGUCUGUCCGCCUCUGUGUGUGUGCUUGCCCCCGUGUGUGUUUGUUUGGUGGCUGUGCGGCAAGUGAAGGUAAAUUGCUGUGAUUAUGUGGCAGUAAUUGAACAGGGAUGGUGUGUUUAAUUGAGUUGUUGUUUCCUGAUGUUUCUCUGUAGUAGCAGGAGCCGCAGCGCUGACAGGUGCCUUGUCUCGCCUCGCCGAGAUGAGUUUUUUUUAUAUACACGUAGGCUUUGUUGAGUCUUUUUUAGCCGCGUUUCUGUGUGUUUUGGUUUAAUGGUGUUUGUUUGGCUGAAGGAUGUGUGUGGGUUUUACUGUUUGAGCAGGUAGAAGAAAGCGUGGGGUUUGUGAGAUGGUUCUCCGAGCUCUGACAAGUUAUAGACAUAAUGUUCAUAAGGAUGUAUAGUUUUAAAUGUAUAUGUCUGCCUGUGUAUGUGUCUGUCUGUGCGUAUGUGUAUGCAGGCUUACUUGCAUGUAUUUUUUCAAAAUAUGUGUUUGUAUGAUGUGUGUGAGCGAAAGAGACAUGAAUCCUUGUGUGUUUUCUUACAUGCAUGUGAGGCUAUACACAGAAUGUAUGUGUAUGUGUUUGCAUGUUUGUGUGCAUGUAUUUGCAUGUUUACUUGCAUGUACUCUAUGUCACAAUCUGUGUGUGUGUGUGUGUGUGUGUGUGUGUGUGUGUGUGUGUGUGACUCUAUCUGAUCUGCCUCCUGGGCUCUAUGGCCCAAAUCAAAUGGUAGGAAACAUCAAUUUCACCAUCCCGUCUCCUCCUCCCCCCUCUCCUCCUCUCUCCUUGUAUAAUUCCCCCCCAGCUCCUUCCUUCCCCUCUCCUCCCCUCCUUGGUGCCUUAUUCUCUGUGGAGGUGUGAUUAUGUUCCUCCUCUGAGCACCAGUGAUCUAAGAGGUUCAGUGUGUGCGUCUAUAUGUGUGUAUCUGUGUGUGUUUGGUGACUGCUUGGUGAUCUGAGCAGCCCGGCGCUGCGUAUUGUGUGGCACAAUUCACGGACGACGUCUCCAGAUGAAUGCCUCCAUUCACAAUUACAGCCUCUCCAUUAGCUGCAGCCCUCACCGCCUUGUUGUUGUCUUUUCUU